CUCCCGUCCGCGUGCCUGGAUGCCUCCUGGCUCAAGCCGUUUUGGCAUGAGUCGCCUUUUGGAGCAGCCCUCCGCGGUCGGUGGGACGCCGCGCGCACAGCCUCGGCACAGCGUGCUGCAACUCAUGGGGCAAGGCCUCGCCACCAGCGCGUGCGCCUGCUCCCCCAGCGGCGGCGGCGACGGCGUGCUCCACGCAGCGCAGGAAGCCCGUGCGCCAGGGGCUGCGAGGAGCCCGCGCCCGCCGCGGCUGCCAGCGACGGCGGGAGCGAGCUGCUCCAGGAGGACUGACUCCUGCCCCUCGUUUCUCCGGCAGACGACGGCCGAGACCGAGGCUUCUCUGCUCUCGCCGACGCAGCAGCAGGCCUCGUCCGACAGCGAGGGCGCGCCUCCCUCGUCAGGCGUGCGCGCGGACGCGGCCUGCAUGCCGAGCUCCAACGCGUCGUUCUCGAGCUGGGUGAACUCGCUGAAGGCAAAAAGGAAGGAGCGUGCGUGCUCUGAGGCAGAGGUGCGUGCGUUCCUCCAGGCGCAUGGCUUCUCCGACGUCAACCAGCUGCGGAGGGCCUCCCGCUUCGGCGCCGUGCGCCGCCCCCUCCACGUGGCCGUCGCGCUGGGCGACAAGGCCAUCCUCGAGCUGCUGCUCCUGCACGGCGCGGACCCCACGCUGCCCGAUGCCGUUGGCCACCUGCCGGGUCACAGGUGCGGGGCGAGCAGGAGAGCGCCCAGUGCAGCUGGGAGGGCUGGGACGAGACGCGGCGGGCGGCGGAGGCCGCAGCAAGCCACACGCGCAAGCGCCACGAGGUCCGCCGGCCGAGCUCGUGGGAGCACUUGUUCGACCAUCUCAGGCAGGACCCGCUGCUGGACGGCUGCCCCAAGGCUGUGGCGCCAGCGGGAGGCGCGGGCCUGUGCGAGAGGGAGCGCGGGGUGGAGCGGGGCGCACAGCCGGUCCGGCGUCCGCGAGGCCCAGACUGAGGUCUCCCCUGACUUCCCGAGGCCAGCGCCGCUUCGCGGUCGGCACUAUUGCAACUGGUGCCCUCGCCGGCACUCCAUACUCCACUCCACCCUAUCACUAGGGUCCAGAAGAAGCACAGUGCGCAGCUGGACAGCCAGAUGUUGAGAGCGUGCUCCUCCUCCAUGUGGUUCCCGCGAGAGAGCAGGGCUCGAUAAUUGUGCACGCGCGCGCGCGCGCACGUUCCUCGGCCGUGCGGGCCCCUCCACGCACGCUGAACCCACCCCCUCGCGCUCUUGGGGGCCUCUUGGGGGCCUCGUAGUGCCUCUCCAGGGCCUCGUGGGGGCGUGCGGGGGCGGAAGGCUGGAAUUUCGCUUCCAGACCCUGAAUUCCUCAUCCAAUGCUCUCUCAUCAAAUGCCCUCACCGUAGCAUAAUGUGGUGGAUUUGGGCCGUCGUGCCACCGAGUGGCGCAGGGUGAUCGUCCACAUGCGGCGCUCGCAACGCGGCUUUCUGUUCCAAGCCGUUUUGGUGUUUUUCGUUUCGUUCCGAAUCAUCCCUCUGCGGUCUGUUGGGCGCCACACGGACAACACAGCGUGUCGCGCCUGAUGGGGCAGCGUGGAGUAGCAAAUCUUCUUAGGCCAGUUUGGCCUGACUGGCCUCCGAGUCUCGAAGCGGCCCUCCACGGUAUGUUGAGCGCCCCGCGCACAGCAUUGCGUGCUGCGCUUCACGGUGCAGAGCCUUGCCACCAGCGCUGGCGCACCUGUUUUGUGCACAUAUGCCACCUUUUUCAAAGUUUUAAGCACUGCGCGUCAUAGCGCCCACCUCUUAGGUGCCAUCUUUCCAUAUCUCAGCUGCGGCCGUACUUUUCAGCGCCUCCCCAGUGAGGGAAUUUAAGGGCCAGCGGGGCGAAACGAUGUAACACUCUGG